AUGCCGGCGUUGGAAGAGAUGGACAAAAACCCAUCCGCCUAUCGGGAGGUGGAUUUAAGUGUGCCAGCCGGCCAGCAGCUGUGUGGUUUGAAUCAUUCGUUCGAACACAACUUGACUAAUGAUGAUCCAGCAAAGGUAGAGAAAAAGGCAUCGCCAGCGAAAAAAGAACCCAAUUCGUAUGCGACAGUGAGCCCGGAACUUAGUUACGCCCAUGUGACACAAUGGGGUAACAGUGGGCGUGAAAACCCAUCCUGCAACGACCCCCUGAUCGAACAACUCGGACAACAAAUGCAGAAGAUCAGCAUCACACCGGCAGCCGAGCCGGUUGGGUCGGGUGCAGAAACGACGCAGCAGCAGCAGUCGAAGCAGCCAGAACCGGUGGACGACAUUAAGUAUGAUGAUGGCCACUAUCCACCGGCAAUCUUGGAGGCAGCGUUAGAAUUUGCGGCCCGUGAAUUAUGUCCAAAUGCGCCAUCUUUCUUCCCGGCACAUGCUCAGCAAGAGGAAGAGAAGCAGUAUUGGCAACAACAGCAACAACAACAACAGCAACAAUUGCUGCAGUGCCAACAACAACAACAGUUGGGACAACUACAACAGCAGCAACAAGAGCAACAGCCGCAACAACAUUUCCUACAGUGUCAACAACAACAACAGUUGGCACAACUACAACAGCAGCAACAAGAGCAACAGCAACAACAACAAUUGCUACAGUGCCAACAACAACAACAGUUGUGCCAACAACAACAACAACAGUUGGCACAGUUGCAACAGCAGCAACAACAUCAACAAUUGCUGCAGCGCCAACAACAUCAUCAUUACAUGGCGCAGCUGCAACAACAAUUGCCGCAACCGCGCGAACCACAACAUCGUACCGUAUUCAACGGACCAACACCAAGGCAACAAGACGCGUACGAAAUCAUCCUUCCCGACGGUAAUAAAGUGUAUUAUCAGCCAAGCCCGCAGCCGACGGUCCAACUGUCGCUGCAGGAACUGAGGGAACGAGAAACGGUGCAAUAUCCGUUCGAUUCCGUGUCCGUGACUGUAAACGCUAGGGCACCACAACCCAUUGCUUCCGGCCCAAUGGCAAUGGAGUUCGAAUCGCGCGUUUGGCAACUGCUCGAACGAAUCGAUAAUGCCGACACCGUGCCGGAUUUUUACAGCAUCGAAAGUGACAUUGACACGCUGCGCUUGGAAAUAGACGAGGUACUGCGAUUGGAAAGCAUACUCAAACAGACCGAUCAGCAACCGCUGGAAGAAUAA